AUGGCAAGAAGAUAUCCUUUAAGAAAGGAGGCCAGAGCAUUAGGGGCUGUGCAGAUAAUUCUUGCCUUGAUUCACUGUGCCCUGGGGAUUCUCUGUGAUCGUUUGUUUCUCAAAGAGGAGAAUAUACAAAAUACUGGUUUUAUACCUGUGUUGGUUAUACUCGGGUACAUAUUUUGGUCCUCACUGUUUUUCAUCAUCUCAGGAUCUGUCACCAUGGGAGCCCAGAAGAAACCCAUACGGUAUAAGCUUAUUUCUGCCAUUGUUAUGAACAUCCUGAGUGCCUGCUUUUCUGCAAUUGGAGCACUUAUAUUAUUGAUUGCAUGUUUCACUUAUAGCUCAGAAAAGGAUGAAUAUGUUUGGUCACAUUUAGCUGGUAGUAUGAUUUUACAGUAUUUACUCUUCAGUGCCAUCACAGAACUGAUCACUGUCUCCAUAACUCUCUCCUGGAUUGUGAAAGCAUUAUACCAUCCAGAAACCAGUGAAGAGAAACUGUCAGUGGCGUUUAACAUCAUGUCUGCCUAA